GUAGAGGUUGUGUGUCGGUCAGUUUCUUUUGAGAGAGUGGAACAUGCUGGCUGUCAAGUUAUGGAGGAGAACAUAUAAAACCUUAGUCCAGAGACAACUGAACGCUGCCUGUCCUACCAGCUCACUAUCUGCAACCAGACAGCAGCCCCUGCACUGCACUUCAGCUUCCAGAGCCCCAGAACACGAUCUGAAGGACAGCAAGGAAUUUGAUUCCUCCCUCCUGCAAUACCUGGUCUGUCCUCUUUCAAGGAAAUCUCUGAGAUAUGAAGAAUCUACGAAUGAGUUAAUGAAUGAUGAGCUGGGUAUAGCUUACCCGAUUGUCGAUGGCAUCCCAAACAUGAUCCCACAGGAUGCCCGCAUGAUUCAGAAAGAUCAGAAGCCUGAGAACACCGAGCAGACAACAUAGGUUUUUGGUUUUGUUUGUGCAAAUACAUCAGAAGCCAUGUUUUUCUCCCUUCCUGUACUGACUGUGCUCAUUCCUCUGGUGUCUUUGACUGGGUUAUUAUACUCUGCCUCAGUGGAAGAGGAUUUCCCCAAAGGAUGCACCAGUACAGCCAGCUUGUGUUUUUACAGCUUACUGCUCCCCAUCACUUUGCCCAUUUAUGUGUUUUUUCAUUUGUGGACCUGGAUGGGAAUCAAGCUCUUCAGGCACAAUUAAUGCAUCAAGAACAGGAAAUGGCUAAUUCUCACAUAUGAGGAAUAUAUAAUACUUACAGCUUUGUAUAGAAAUAAAAUUAUAAAUGGAA